AUGGAAACGGUUCCGCCUGAACGCGACGCAUUGCCCGUCCGCGUGAGAUUAUUUGUCGGCGGGCUGCCCGGGAACGUCUCAGAAGAUGAAGUUCGAGGAAGAUUCCAGCCGUUCGGGCAGGUCAACGAAGUCAACGUGAUUCUUGCCAAGUCGCACCAAUUGCUCCCCGCGUCCUUCGCGGCGCCUCCCUCGCAGCAAACAGAUCCUGGCCGUCCAUUUCAAGAGGCGAACGGAGAUGAAGCCGAUCGGCAGUGCAGCCACGUGGCAGUGUGCCGUGGCUUUGCUUACCUGGACAUGGUUCCCAAGUCCGCCAAGGCCUUGCACCAAUGCUUGUCGCUGGUGGGUCUCUCGUCAUAUAUUGUACGCGUUAUCACCGAUCCGUUACCGCAUAUAGUCACUCAUCCAUCCCCUUAUGCGCUUUGCCGUCCACCUUUUAUUCUCCCCCAACCCGCACUCUCUUCCCCCCUCAACCUCUCUUCCCCCCACCCCCUCCCCCACUUACCGCCGGCCCCGAGCCGUACAAUGUUUGCAAAUGGAAGGGAGGAAGCCGCGGGAAAACCCCAUAACCCGCCUCCUUUUUCCUUUUUCCCCAACCCUUCCGAAACCCCCCCAGUACAACGGGCGCAUGGGAUAGUUGGGGCGGAUGCGCCCCCAGAGGAGGUAGCCGCCCAUGAAGCCAUGAUCCCGUGCACUCAAGACACGGGAGCUGGAGCCCAUGAACCUGGCAUGGCGCGGAGGCAAGAAGAUGCAGCGCAUGCCAGCAAAUUGGGCCGGGGUACGCGGCGCAUGCCGGCAGCGGGCGGGCCGGGGUGUGGGCGGCACAAGCUGAGCUUCCAGCGGCUUGCAUUCGAGCCCUCCCUCUCCGCCGUUCUUGCCCGCGCCGCUGCUGCCACCGCUGUUGCUGCUGCUGCUCCUGAUGAGGAUGGUGAUGGUGGUGAUGGUGAUGGUGAGGAUGGUGAUGGUGGUGCUGCUCGUGCUUCUGCUGCUGCGGUUGGUGCUCGUGCUGGUGUUGCUUCUGCUGCUGCUGCUGCUGCUGCUGCUGUGGGGGGAGGGCAAGAGAGAAGGAAGGGUGGAGGAGGGGAGGGUGCUGAAGGGUAUGCUGGGUUUAGGGAGCAGCAGCAGUGGGAGGAGCAUGAGGAGGGGAAGGAGGGGGGGGAGGAGGAUGAGGGGUUGGAGAGAGAAAGGGAGAUGCAGAGGCGACUGCUGCAACGGUUCCUGAUUAUGGAAGGGGGAGGGGCGGAGGCGGAGGAGGGGAAGGUGGAGGGGGGAGGGAUGGGCGAUGCGGGGAGAAAGGGUGAUAGGGCAGAGAAGAGUGCAGAGGGAAGGGAUGGGAGUGAGAGUGGUGGGCGGAAGGGGAGUGAGAUGGGGGGGGGAGACGGUGAUGUGGUCAUGAGCGAGGGGCGAGUUGGGGAUGAGGAGGAAGAGGGGGAAGCGGAAGAGGAAGAGGAAGAGGAAGAGGAAAAGGAUGAGGAGGAAGAGGAGGAGGAUGAUGGGUUGAACAUCAAUCUGACAUGGAGUGGGCCGAGCAAAGGCAGCACAGGCAGCAAAGAAGGCAAAGGAAGCAAAGGGAAUGAGAAUAUCAGUAGUAAGGCGGUGCAGGAAACGAGGUCUAGGGCUGUGGCAGGCACAGGAGGUGCAACUGGUGUGGGUGGUGUGAGUGGUGUAUUAGUUGGGGGCACGGAUGGGGCAGCAGAGGGUAAGCGGGGGCAGAAAAUAGCAGGGAUGAAAGGGGUAGAAGAGAAAGUGGGUAGGGAGAAAGGUGUAAAAGAGGUGGUGGUGAAAGGGAAGGCGUUUGGGGAGAAAGUGGUGGGGAGUGAGAAGAAGGAACAAGUUGGGAAGACAGGGGAGGGGGGGUCGCGAUGGGACAGGCUGUUUGCUGUUGCUUCGUGUGAUGUGGAGGAGGAGGAGGAGGAGGAGGAGGAGGAGGAGGAGGAGGAGGAGGAGGAGGAGGAGGAGGAGGAGGAGGAGGAGGAGGAGGAGGAGGAGGAGGAGGAGGAGGAGGAGGAGGAGGAGGGAGUGGAAGGGGAGGAAGGGGAGGAGGAGGAGGGAGUGGAAGGGGAGGAAGAGGAAGAAGGAGGUGUAGAGGAGGGAAAUGGGGAAGUCGGGAAUGAGAGAUGGCAGAAAAUCUGGGGAAGGUCAAAAUUGGAGGGAGGAUUUGAGAGAAUGGAAGAAGAUAAUUUGGAAAAGGAUGAGUUGGAGGAGAGGAGUGAGGAAAGUGAGGAGGAAGGAGGUGAAGUGGAGAAGAGGGAAGUGACGGGCAUAAAGGUACUGAAAGUGGGAGAGGAGCGAGAGGAGGAGGAGAUGGAAACGGAGGGGGAUGGGGUUGAGGGACAGGAGGAAGGCGAGGGAGAGGAGGAGGGCGAGGGGGAAGGGGAGGGCGAGGGGAUAGAGGAGGGGGAGGGAGAAGAGGAGGGGGAGGGAGAAGAGGAGGGGGAGGUAGAAGAGGAGGGGGAGGGAGAAGAGGAGGGGGAGGGAGAAGAGGAGGGGGAGGUAGAAGAGGAGGGGGAGGUAAACGAGGGUGGAGAAGGGAGUGAGGAUGAGGGAGUAGAUGAAGGGGAGGAGGAGGAAGGUGAGAGGAAUGAGGAGGAUGAGGAGGACAAUGAGGAAGAAGGGGAGGAAGAGGAGGCAGCAGAGGAGGAUGACAAGGGAGUGUGGGAGGAGGAGGGGGAGGAGGAGGGGGAGGAGGAGGUGGAGGAGGAGGAGGAGGAGGAGGAGGAGGAGGAGGAGGAGGAGGAGGAGGAGGAGGAGGAGGAGGAGGAGGAGGAGGAGGAAGAGGAGGGGGAGGAUGAGGAGGAGGAGGAAGAAGACGAAGAAGACGCGGACAGGAUUGAAGGGGAAGGCGAUGGGAGUGAAAGGCGCCCUAGUAAGGGGGCUGCAGUGCCUUCUUGGGACAGUCUGUUCGCUUUAGCUGCUGGGGAGGGGGGUGUUGCUGAGAAGGGGGUUGGUGCUGGGAAGGAGGGGGCUGCUGGCAAGGGCGAUGUGAGGAAGGGCUCUGUGAAGGAUGGUGGCAGCAGCGGUGCGGGAGGGAAGAGGAAAGGGUCUUUGGAGGGUCCUAGGGACGGUGGGGGAAGAGGAUGGAGAGGGGGGAGAGGAGGGUUGUUUGGGAGGGGGAGGGGAAUGGGUGGAAGGGGAGGAGGGUUGGAUGGGGGUGCAGGAGAGGGGGAGGGAGGAGGCUCAUCCGGGGGAGGUAUUCCUGACCUGUUGGCUUUGGAGGAAGCGAGAGGGGCAGGUGAUAUGGAGAAGCUUCUGAUGGACAUGGGAGGAAGCUUCCUCAAGUCGGAGGUGGAGGAGGGGAAGUGGAAUCGCAAGAAGAAUGAGCUGCGGCUGGAGUUGAAGCGGCAACAGAAGUUUGCCCUGAGGAAGAUGAUGAAGAGAAAAAAUUUCAGGCCUGCAUUUAUGUUAGUUUAG